AUGUCCGUCGCCGAUUCAACUUCAUGCAAUAAACCUGCAAGAACCAUUCGCUCUCUACCGGCCGUUCCUCCGAGCAAGCGUCUCAAAUUACAACAGAUUCAGGUUCUGGAUGUCCCGGAGUGGCGGCCGACGUUACACGAAUCGAUACGGCUUUCUGGUAUUCCUAUCAUUGCGGAAACAACUGACUAUGAAACCUUGAUUGAACGACGAUCAAAUUCAUCAGGAUUAAGUCCAGAGGUCGCUCUUCAAACGAUCAGGAAAGACCGCAACGGUGAAUAUCACUUAUUCUCUGCAACUCAGAAAGUAGUGGACUCAUAUGAGAAAUAUCACUUGACCAAGAAUCCUCUUCAGAGAGACCCAGAGAUGCUAUAUAUAGGCAUGCAUGUAUUUUAUCAAUUGCUUGUUGAAAUAGGUGUCACAAUGAUGGACUACGCUCCUGGACCACAUUUCACUUUCAUCGACCCACGAUUAGCCUUAGUGAAACUAAGUCAUGGUGAAAGAGACACAACGGAUCGCCCUUGCAACACCACGCUACUUGCCAUCCAGGCAAUCGAAGAACAUGCUAAGGAACUUCUUACAAAGUUUUGCACUGCGGGAGUGGAUCAAAGUCGUGUGAUAAUUGGAAUUCCCGCCACAAAAAUCGGUGUUCUCGCAGCUGCCAUGCUUGAAAGUUCCGGCAUUUCCACCAAUUUGUAUUUGGUCUCGGGACUCAUGCAUGCUAUCGCAUGUGCGGAGGCUCGACCUUGCUGCAUUACGAUCGAUGUGGCUAGUGUUUUAUCAUGGUAUGAAAGAUUGGCUGCUCAAGACGACGUCGCUAUAUCGGACAAUUUAGAGGGAGAAGCUUUGCUCGAUCAUCCAGGAAUAGUCGCAAUCCAAUCGAUCCUGAAAUAUUACAGACUUUAUUCGAUUUCAACUAAGAUCGUUGGCGGAAACUUUCGAACUGUUCAUGAAAUCUCCAUUCUUGGCCACGAAUUCGACGCUUUGUCAUUAUCUCAAAACAGGAUGGACGACCUUCGUACAGCUUAUCUUCCUUUUUGUGCUUCUAGUUUCGCGUCUACCAGACAUCCUCAAAGCGCUGACAAUCUCGCACAAGGCUCAGCUGCUUCUGACAUAGCGCGCGCAGCACCGAAAUUCCCCACAGCCAUGGUAGUGAGCCUGCAACCAAGUACGGACAGCUCAGAGUCUUACGCUUUCAAUUACGAUUGGUUACAUUCAGAGGCGUUCAUGAAUCUUGCUCAUCCUGCUUCACCAUGUCCGGCCAUUCUCCUCGCGUCAAUUACUUUGACGGCGGUUGGUGCUCUCAAGGUCCAGAUGGAAAAUAUACAUGAAGUAACACACAACAGCGCAUUGGAUCGGAUUGAACUCCGUGUCUUACCACUUGAGGAAUUAUAUGCUCGCCGACGAGCACAAGGUAUCCGGAAUGAUCUUGGGGCAAGAUACGGCUGCCAUAUUGAUACCGCUCCAGCUACCCCAUCCUCUGUAGACCAAAAACGAAGUUCCGGCCCAGAGCUCAAGAAGAAACAUAGCUUGAAAGAUCUGGGUAAGGGCUCUCCUGCUUCGAUUUCUCCUUCAUCAGUCGCCUCGCCUUCACCACGUCGCCCUCCUCUCCGUCGUUCAUCUGCUCAUGCGAGAGAGAAGGGUCCAGCCAGAAGCACAACCCCUGCUCCCUCUACACCUCCUGUCCUGAUCGAAGGGAAGAGUACCACAGGUCCUGGCCGGUAUGCCUCUGACGAAGAAGUGGCAAAGAUAAUAGCUCUUACUUUCGGAAAUUGCAUGUUAGGCAUUCGUGGAACUGAUAAAGAGGACACCGGGUCUGGAGGGAAAACAGCGAAGCCAAUCAAGAACCCUUUUUUCUCCGAAUCAACUUCCCCUAUGGGUCCCAAUGCGCCUACUGAUGGUCUUUCUACUGUGAAUACCUCUCAACAUAGUCGCGCUAAAUUGAGUCCAGGACAACGGCAGGUGCUUGCAUUGAGCGCAGUUCUCAAGGAGAGAGAAGAGAUGAAACGGAAAGCGGCUUUGGGAAGCAAGAGCCAGAAAGUUGUCCAGGCUAGUAUGGUUGAGGGGAUUGAUUUUUUCUGA